AUGUCGCCGCUGGGGAAGAAGCUGGUUGUGCUGCAGCUGCAGCAGCAGGGGCUGCUGACGGGAAUGGCUGGGGACAGCAGCAACGACUCUUUGGCGCUGCAGCAAGCAGAUGUGGGGGUGGAGAUGGGGCAGGUGCAGCCAGCCCCCUUCUCGGCCCCCUUCGCCAUCAAGCGGCAGCAGCAGCAGCAGCAGCGGCGGCGGCAGCAGCAGCAGCAGCAGCAGCAGCGGGACGGCGUGAUGGGGCUGGUGGACAUUGUGCGUGUGGGGCGCUGCAGCCUGAGCACAGCCAUGGGGAUUUAUAAGCUGCACAUUUCUUACGGGCUGCUGGCAGCAACAGCAAGUUUGCUGCUGGUGAUGGCGCAGUUCUCGGGGCUGCCGCUGCUGUCCGGGCUCUUCUUAGACUUGGUGCUGCUGCUGGGACUUUCUGCUGCUAUGCUUUCUUCGCAGCCCGCGGGGGGCCCCCUGGGGCCCCGCUCCCCCACUUCUUCUCCUUUUGCUGCUGGAGUUGUUCUUUCUGUCUUGACUCUUGUUGCUGUUGACUUCGCAGCAUUUUUGCUGCUGCUGUACCUCUUCUACGGGCCUGCAGCAUAUCCGCUCCCCUGCGCCUGGCUGCAGCACAGCCUCCAAAACCCAUACCAGCAGCAGCAGCAGCAGCAGCAGCAGCAGCAGCAGGGGGAGGAGGAGCAGAGCCCGGAGCUGCGGCGGCGGAAGAAGCAGAGCCGCGAGGACCAGCAGCAGCAGCAGCAGCAGCAGCAAAACCAACAGAAGGGGGAACCUCUACACCGAAAAGAGCAGCAGCAAGACGUCCAGCAGCAGGGGCAGCUGCAGCCACAAGAAGGCCAGCGGCAAGAAGAGCAGCAGCAGCAAGAAGAGCAACAGCAGGUGCAAGAGCACCUCCGGCAAAAACAGUCCCCGGCCCAGCCUGCUGCCGACCAAGAUUCCCACAGCGGACUGCACCUGCAGCAGGAGCAGGAGCAGCAGGAGCAGCAGCAGCAGCAUCAGGGUGGCGGCAGCAGCGAGAAGCACUUUGCUGCUGCUGCUGCAGCACCCAAGAGCGCCUCCUUCUUCGCCGGCGCAGGUAGCCGCCGCCCGCGGCUGCAGGGGCCCCUCUCUCAGGGCUUUUUGGGUCCUGACUUUGCUGCUGCUGAGGGUGAGGAGGGGCCCCUGCUGGGUGCAGCAGCGGAGGCAGCAGCAGCGGAAGCAGCAGCUGCAGCAGCAGCAGCAGCAGAGAAGCUGGAGCGAGACAUCAACCCCGACCGCAUGCUGGCCUUCGCCGAAACUGAGCUGCUUCCUUUUAGGGGGCCCUCGAGCAGCAGCAGCUUCUGGCCACCCGUGGCGUUUCUGCAGGACUCGGCAGCAGCAGCAGCAGCAGCAGCAGCAGAGAAGCUCGUGUGCAGCGCCGACGGGCAUGCAGAAGCAGGAUACAUCUUUAUAUGGACUGGGAUUUGUGUGCUGCAUGCAGCAGUUUUGUACAUAAGUGGAAACGUGUUUCGAAAGUCUGCGUGGAAGAACCGGGUGCUGCUGCCGUUCUCGCUGCUGCUGCUGCUGUUCUUUUGCUGCGUCUUGCUGCUGCCCCCCAACCCCUUCUCCUGCCUCUUCAGCGUCAAGUGCACUGCAGCAGCAAACAACAGCCUCCGCAGCAGCAGCGUCUUCCCUUUGCUGCGCUUCCUGGCUGGGGAGCCAGCAGCAAACACGCUGCACGACGCAACAGCAACCAGACGCUGCAGCCAGCAGCAGCAGCAGCAGCAGCAGCAGCGGGCAGCAGCAGCACAGCCGCAACGCCCCAUGAGGUGCCUCUACGGGAAGCAGCAGCUUUCAUGCUGCAGCAGGAGAAGCUGUCGCCGCAUGUUUGGAGCCUCCAAGAAGCAGCAGAACUAG